CUCCAUCAUCUUCUUCUGAAGCCAUGGUGAAGAAAAAGCAGUAGAGAUAAACACUAGUACUAAAAACCCUCCAAAAAAAUGAUGAUGAUCGGCCGAUCAACUCCGACCGUCCAAAUCCCUCCUUGGGACGUCACCGAUGAUCCAACGGUUGAUGUUUACUCCCCAUUUUCCGUUAGCCCUGAUUCUGCUUUCGAUGCUUUGGCGGCGUUGCAGCGUUACCUGCCGUCGAAUGGUAACGACGUGAUUUUUGACUCUGAUGGGUUGGAUAUUCCGGUGGAUGCUUUUUCAUGUGAUAACUUCCGGAUGUAUGAGUUUAAGGUGAGGAAGUGUGCCCGUGGAAGGUCACAUGACUGGACGGAGUGUCCGUACGCUCAUCCCGGUGAGAAAGCUCGCCGGAGGGAUCCGAGGAAGUAUCAUUACUCAGGUACUUCUUGUCCUGAUUUUCGUAAAGGUCAGUGUAAAAAAGGUGAUGCAUGUGAGUACGCUCACGGCGUAUUUGAGUGUUGGCUACACCCUGCUCGCUAUCGUACGCAGCCUUGUAAAGAUGGGACCCACUGCCGCCGGCGCGUGUGCUUCUUCGCUCACACGCCGGAGCAACUCCGUGUUUUGCCUCAGAACAGUCCCAGAAGCUUCAACGAGUCGUCUGAUUCUUUUGAUGGGUCUCCGGGUCGGGUCGGGUUUGAAUCGUUUUCGUCAUCUCCGCCGCUUGAAUCUCCUCCGAUGACUCCGCGUGGGCUGGCGGAAUCGAUGCGUAAUAUGCAGAUUGGGAUGGUGAGAGGUAUGCGUAGUAUGCAAAUGGGUUCACCUGGGUUUGGUUCACCUCGGAGCCCUUCAAUGCUCCGACCCGGUUUCAUGAGUGUGCCAACAACUCCGACCCGGAGUGGAGUGUCGGUGUUCGAUCACUGCGAAGAAGAGCCGGCGAUGGAGAGGGUAGAAUCCGGGCGAGAUCUCCGAGCAAGAAUUUAUGCUAAACUAAGCAUGGAGAACUCUCUUGAUGAUUCCGGUGCACCGGAUGUUGGAUGGGUUUCCGAACUGCUGAAAUGAAUCCGGGUUCGGGUUAUUGGUAAUGGGUUUACGGAUCUGAGGCCUCUGACUUUUGUAAAUAUUGAAGAUUAUUGUUAUUGGUUGUAAAUAGUUAGUAGUUUGGGCUGGAGAGAUUAGCCUAUUAAUCUCUAUUUUGUGUUUGCUUAUUUGGGUAUUAGGGGGAAGUUUUGAAUAUUUUGUACAUAAAGAAGAAGAUUUAGGGUUCUUAAUUGCCAGGGGCUGCAUAUGAUUAU